CUGCACUUUACUUUAUCAUCGACGAAACAGGUCAAGGUUUGGUUUAGCUAUAAAACUGCAUCUUCUACUCGUAUGAUCUUAUAAUAAUAGUUAAUAUCAUUUCAAACAAACAACCAGUUACGAACAAAGAAGAAAAAUGAAAGCUUUUGCCCUAUUUCUCUGCUUCUGCAUUAUCGCAAGCAGCCAAGUAUUUGCAGAAGACGAUAGCAGUCCAGAAGAUAGUCCAGAAAACAAAGUACCUUUGGAAGAUGAAGCGGCUUUAGCAGCAAGGCCCUUUAGAAAAUCUGACUGUGCUCUUGAUGUAGAACUAGGCGAUGAAACUUGCCGUGCCUUGAUACCAGUCUACAAAUGGAGCAUCGAAGCCAAGAAAUGCGUAGAUGAGUUCUACGGUGGAUGCCAUCCUUCCAAAAACAACUUCAAAACUAAAGCAGACUGUGAAAAGAUAGCCACACCCAUUUGUUCACAGUUAAUUGUGAUUAAAAAACUAUUUCUACCUUACAGUUUAUCGAAGGUUGGAUAUAAAUCAUCUUAAAAUUUGUUAGUAUGUUUAAUUAUUCGAUUUUAUAUACUUAAUAAAUAUGAUUGACUGAAUUGUU